AUGAACAAAUCGCCCCGUUCUAUAGAUUCCAUGCUGUCCCAAGCGGUAGAUGGUUUAGGUGUUUCUUCUUACGGGGGUUCUUUGCGAUCAAACGGCCGUUUAAGUCCAGCUAGGCUAACACUCCAGCGUGUCUACGAUCAGAGUCAAGGAGUGCAGCCGCAGGAUGCGAGCAAGAUGGUAGAAAUGCCUCCGGGCCCCCCUGCAAAGGGCAAGCCCAGACUCCUUUUGAUGGGUCAGAGAAGGAGCGGCAAGUCAUCAAUAUCGAGCGUCGUCUUUCAUAAGCUCCCGCCAAAUGAGACGCUUUUCCUGGAGUCGACAGCUCGUAUUCAAAAGGACUCCAUGGCAUCCUUCAUGGACUACCAGGUCUGGGAUUUCCCUGGCCAGAUUGACUUCUUUGAGAACCCAAACUUUGAUAUGGACGCCAUCUUUGGCGAGAUUGGCGCCCUCAUCUGGGUGAUUGAUGCGCAGGACGACUAUCUCGAAGCCGUAGCCCGUCUCAACGCCACGGUCCUAAACCUCCAGCGCUUCUACCCGAACAUCAAUAUCGAGGUCUUUAUCCACAAGGUCGAUGGUCUCUCGGACGACUACAAGCUCGACAUUCAGCGCGACAUCACCAUCCGCAUCCAGGACGAGCUCUCGGACCACGGCUUCGAAAACGCCCCCGUCACAUUCCACCUCACGUCCAUCUAUAAUCACUCCAUCUUUGAGGCCUUUUCCAAGGUCAUCCAAAAGCUCAUUCCCCAGCUCGGCACUCUCGAGGCCAUGCUCACCAAUCUGUGCCGAACCUGCCGCUUCGAAAAGGCCUACCUCUUUGACGUGCUCUCCAAGAUUUACAUCGCCACCGACUCCGCCACGGCCGACAUGGCCUCGUACGAGAUCUGCUCCGACUACAUUGACGUCAUCAUCGACAUCACCGAGGUCUACGGCUCCUGGCCGCGGUCCGACGGCCAGCGCAAGCGUCUCGAGGCCGAGCCCUGGAACGCCAAAGUCGAGGACCAGGUCGCGUGCAACUGGGCCGAGAGCUGCAUGGUCCUGCACGACUCGCAGCGGCCUAUCAUGCUGCGCGAGGUCGAUCGGUACCUGGCUCUCGUGGCGAUUAUGAAGGAGGACUCGUAUGACCGCAUGCCGCUCGUCAAUAUGAAUGUGGAGGCUGUCGUGCAGGGCGUCACCGAGUUUUUUGAGAUUACAAAGUCGAGAAAGUGA